UUCCAGCGUAUUGCCGGCAGAGUGGAGUGCAUCUAUGGAAACAGCCGGCAGUUGUUCGCCCAUUGUUCGUGAAUGUUGUACGAUAAGUCCUUGCCUUUAAAUGACUGUUUCACCGUCCACUACUCACGCAAGCACUAGAUUUCACCCGCAAGGACUUUUUUACUUAUGUUUUAACAAAUUGCAGCAAACGGCGCUAAAAAUUUAUUGACGCUUGCAACCAAGAGUGAACCGGGGAAAGGUUAGCUCAUCUAGAUUUCUCUAGCUAACUGCAUUGACACGCAAUUUUGGCAGUUGACGUUUUGAUCGGAGAUUUGCUUAGAAAAGCCCGUUGUGCAGCACCAUCGUAAUAGUGAAAAUGAAUUAUUAUAUUGAUUUUACUGAAAUUAUAACGUAAUUUGUCGAAAAAGGUGCUUUAGGAUUGCUUUUGUACAAUCAAUGAGACGUAAUAGGAUCGUGUAUUGUAAAUUCUACAAUUUUGCAACAUUUCAAUGCACCAACAAACGGUCCGCCGUGCACAACGAUGUGCAUCAAGGAUGACAUUUGCGUUUGCAUUUUGUUUGCCUGAAAGGCAAAAAGUAAAAUCGAUUGUGAGCUAAUUUUGCCAGUAAAUGUUUUCCAAUUAUCCAACUCCGAAUCAAAUGUAUAAAAUCGCGUACUGUGUCGCUAACUCAGCGCAAACCGGGGCGUGAAAAAAGCAAUCGUCCUGUAGCGCAUUCCAGUGCGCAAAAAAGCCAUGAAUUUUGCAGACCCAUGGGUGACGCAGGACAAUAAAGCUGGUGAAUCAUUUAGCAACAACAGCAGCACCGCCAUUAGCGAACUCGCACCGCCAGCGGCAGCAGCAGCAGUAGCAGUGCCAGCGGACAUCAUAACCACCACCAUUGUUGUCAUCGAUUCGUUGGAGUUUGAAGAUAAUUUCAUUCCCCAACAGCCACCGCUGAAUCCGCGAGAACCGCAAGAUAAUCGCCUUCCGGACUCGGACAAUUAUUUAGCCGCAUUAGAAAAACGCUUGCAUCGGCUGAAGAACCAUCCGAGCGUGUUGCAGCAGCUGGCCGAACGUCGUGAAGCUUGUAUGCAAUCGUUGCUAGGAGGAGGCAUCACAAUCCGUACGGACGCUGAUCUGGAGCUGGAAGAACCCGUCAACAGUAACGAGCUACUGCGAUUCAUUCGCCCCGAGCAAGCCCUUUCGCAAGCGGAAGUUGUGCAACUGGUUCAGCACGAUCAGCUACAGUUGGAAGCCGAAGAGCACGAAGAAUCGCGCGAAGGUGAAGAAAGCGGUACCGAAAGCUCGACGUCACGCUAAAACCGGACCGGUAAUUUAUUGGUGAUUGUCCAUGGUGUUGGCGAGGUGGCGAAUGGAAGAGCAGGAAAAUGUUGAUAAAUUCCGCCUUCGGUCGCACGUUCCUCUUUCUCACUAAUCUCGCG